CCAUAAUAACGCCGAAGACUGUAAACGCCAUUCUCAGUAAUGCGGUGACUCUGUAUCAAGUUAAAAUGCUUAAUCGCAAACCUUUGAAACGAGGUUGUAGGAAGGUUCCACGGAUGGGGAGAGGGGCCGGGGGAGGAGGAGGGGGUGGAACGCAGCACAUCUUAUGUAGGAUGUCUAGCAGGCAUCCCUACAACACAUACUCAAACACACACAUCACGCACACAUCACCUAAAGUAAUCUAUAGAUGUAUUUUUUGUUUGAAACUGUUUGCAUACUUUCCGGCUGGUAAAAAUCG